AAUAAUAUGCGAUUCGACGAUCUAUCUCUAGUGGAAGAGACGCGUGUAAAUUUUUACUUUUACAUGAUGCUUCUUUGCUAGGAAGGAAAAAGAAGUGAAGAAGAAGAUGUAACCUGUUGGAGAAUGAACACAUGGUAAAAUACUGACUUUACUAGAUCCUUUACAUGGAUGAUGAGAUGUCUCAUUUUAAUUAGACCCUUUAUGCUUGCUGGGAGAAAAGUAUCCUUUCUCUGGAAUUUGCUUUUCCUUCAUAAUGGGCUUGUUACAGCCACUCCUCUUUCCACUAGGCCAGGCCGGGCCAGGCCAAUCUGGAGCUGCGCAUUCCUUCAAACCACUAUUCUUUCAACAUUUUAAUCAUAUAUUAGUAAUGGAGAUGGCAAAGCCAUUUGUUCUGGAGCGUUUUUUCUGAAUUUUUGUUUUGCGUGUUGUAUGUUUACAUUCCAAAUGGAAAGUGUUACAUCAGAGGUUUAGUCCAAUGAAUGAGCGACAAGAUAUCGCUUGGUCAUAGCUUUUUUACUUUAUUUUUGGAAUGCGGGGUUUUUGAUUUAUUUGAUUGGUGGGAAAUAUUAAACUAAGGGUGUGUACGUCAUUUAUUUUGGGGUCCCCAGGAAAGGCAGAGGCAAGAGCUAAUUAGGACAAGGUCUGUUUAUUUACACCUGCAUUACAACUCAACAAGAGUCAGAAAAGGAGGGGAAAAUAGGCUUUUUAUGAAUUACGAAAGACUUACUUGAUCACUCUUGAGAUAGGUUAAAUAGAGGCUCUCAUUCUCAGCGUUUUCUAUACUUCGCAGUACAAGCUUUCUGAAGUUUUUGGCUUACGUAUUGCAAUCAGAGACUCUACAAGAUAAUCUAUUGUUUUUUAUUUUUUUAAUAAAAGAUAUGAAGAUGAAGGACUCUAUCAUUUCCUGCCACGACGACAGUCAAGCAAAAGAUCAAAGUAUGGUCGUUCACAUUGUGCCAUCUGAGACUAUUCAAACGACCAGGUUGAGUAUGAACGAAGACAUCCUUUUUGAAAAGGAAGAAGAUGAUACCUCCGAUGUUUUGAAAAGUAACUUUGUAGAAGGACAAGAAAACGAAUUGUCGAGUUGUGAGCAAGAAGAGCACUCAAAAUCAUUUGAUUCUUAUUCUAUUUCCAGCUCUCUGAACUCUCCGGAUAAUACUGAAUUUUCUGAGGCUCCAGACAUGCCAAAGGAUCUAUGGGAAGAGAAUAAGUUGAAGUUGGAUGAUCAAGUCUCGAAAAAUGAAGUUACACUCUCCCAUGCAAGUGAAAAAUUUCAACCAAGAUCCAUUGAAAAUAAAUCAAAAGAAUGCUCUUCUUCUUCUUCUUCAUCUACUUCAAACUCUAACUCUGCUCCUACUUCUUCAAAUGCCGUUCCUUCGUUGCCUACUAACUCGACUUCUGGUAAUCUGUACUAUGGCUCCAACCCCUAUUAUCCCAUUCAAAUCAUUCCAUUUAUUGAUAAUCCUUACCCAGCGCAUCCCGUCCAGUGUGCCCCGUUUCAAUCAAUGUCUUCUUCUUCUCUUCCGUUUGCUUCCCACCCUCCAGAUCCAAAGGAUGUUACAAGCUCUUCUUACCAAGAAGGGAAGUAUUUAGCAGACUUUCGAGUUUUGAUUUUGAGUAACUUGCCCUCUGAAUACAAGAUAACCGAUCUUCUCUCACAAAUUCACGCAGGUCCUUUGGAAAGAGUACAACAGAAACUUGAGAAAAACAAGGUGAUUUUGUCUUUUUUAUACGCAGAAGAUGCUAUAAAGUUUCACGAAUAUUAUAAUCGACGAAGGUUCCAGUUUCAAAAUCGAUCUUUGAAGGUUACUUUUGCCAGACCAUGCCGCCUUGCAGAAUCCGUGUUUAAUGUCUGUAAUAAUAUGGCCGCUAGUAGGAAUGUGUUUAUCGGAAAUCUUCCUUCUUCUUUUGGCGAACGUGAGCUACUAGAUCAUUUUGGUAAAUUUGGAGAAAUUGAAAGUGUGAAAAUUUUGUCUAAAAAGAAUAUUGCGUUCAUCCAUUAUUUAAACAUCAAAGACGCAAUUCGCGUCGUACAAACAUUAUCCUCUGAUCCAGUUUAUCAUGCUUGGAGAAUAUUUUAUGGCACUGACCGUUGUGAGCAUCGUGGCACGGGCACUUAUUCUCCUGCAUACGGAUCCCCGAAACCAUCUUCUUCCUCGCUUUCUAUCACCUCUGAUCCUGAAGUGAAAGAAUCUACUACUGACAUAUCUCAAAAAUCCGUCACAGAAAAUCGAACUGUUUUUCUGGGUAAUCUGGAUGCCAAAGUUAAAGGCUCCGAAAUUUGCGAUCUCAUACACUGUGGACCUUUACAGGAUUUUCACUAUAUUCCCGAAAAGCAUAUAUGCUUCGUUACAUUUGUUGACAUUGCUGAUGCGAAAGCCUUCCAUUCAUACAUAUCGAAUGAAAUAGUUGUCCUUCAUGGACGACGUAUCAAGUCCGGAUGGGGGAAAGAAAGUGGCCCUUUGCCGCGUGUGCUAGAAACAUCAAUCUCUAUGGGUGCUUCCCGUAAUGUUUACUUUAGCAAAGUCACUGACUCUUUGGCGAAAAAGGAAUUGGAAUUAAUACUACGCCAGUAUGGUGAAAUCGAAAGUAUAAAAUAUUUGAAACAACCAAAUACUGGGUUUGUUAGUUACACAAAUAUCUCAAACGGCAUGAAAGCAUUUCAUGGAUUACCAUUACAACCAGCUUUUCAAAAGAGUAGAAUACAAUAUGCUCGUGAUCGCUGUGAUAAAUCUGACUCUUAUCUUUCGUCUCCAACGAAUAACUCCCCUUCAUUGAAUACAGUGCAAACACAACCCAUUUUACCUUCUGCAGUUCCCUUUACUAUCCCGAUGUAUCCUCCUAUUUUCACGGCACCAUCGAAUAUCAAACAAGAUACAAACUCUUCUGCCUAUGCUCCCCCAUUUGCUCCUUACACUAAUAUGUUUGGAUCUAUUCCUCCUUACCAAGCUCAACAAUCUACACAAUUGCAACAUCCUAAAUGAUCCUAUGAUCGAAUAUUGACUUCCUUUUUUUGAAAAUUACCCGUUUUGUAACAUUUUGAAUCUUCUUGGCUUACCUAUUACUACUCCACUAUUCCUUUUUUAUCUUUUUUGUUUGGUAUAGGGCUUUUUACAACUGACUGUUAAAAGUUAUCGAAACUUUACAGAUAUUAUUUGACGCUAUGUCUAUUCCGACUCUGGAUCUCUUAUUCUUUUUUUUUGCCUCUUACGGUUUCACCUUUUUGUCUGCUUUCCUAUAUUCACUUCUUUCUAAUGCAUCCUCUUAAUUUAGUAAUUUGAUAGUUAAUUUAAAUAAAUAAAAAAAAAAGC